AUGCUCCUCCGCUCACAGCCGAUGAGGAUGGAAAAGCAGUCUCGCAGCUCCUCCAGGGAGUCCCACAGGAGGAACAAAGAGCCCGGAGACUCACAGGGCAGGAGAGAAAAGGUGGAAAGCAGAAGAGGAGCCAGCAAGGACAGAGAGGGGCUCAAGAGGGGGAAAGCCAAAGAGGGGAAGAGCCCCACAGAGAUAGACAGCCGGGUGCCAAGCUCCACAGUGGUGGACGUGGAUGAUGUGGUCUCUUUUGACGAGGAAACAGAGGUGAUGGCACUGCUGGAAAGCGAGCGGCAAGAGGAAGGGAUGACAUCUCCCAGUCGAGGUAUCUGUGAAUGGCUUCUUACCAUCUUGUCUCUUUUCUUCAUCAUAUUGACCUUCCCCGUUUCUGUCUGGUUCUGCAUGAAGAUCGUGCGGGAAUACGAGAGAGCCAUCGUGUUCCGACUUGGGCGCCUCCUUCCUGGAAGGCCCCGAGGGCCCGGCCUUUUCUUCUUCCUUCCCUGUCUGGAUACAUACCACAAGGUAGAUCGUCGCCUCAAAACCCUAGAGAUCCCCUUCCAUGAGGUGGUGACCAAAGACAUGGUUACCAUGGAAAUAGAUGCUGUCUGCUACUACCGGAUGGAAAAUGCCUCUCUCCUCCUAACCAGCGUGGCCAACCUCUCCAGUGCUGUCCAGCUGCUGGUGCAGACAACCAUGAAGCGCUUGCUGGCACAUCGAUCCUUCAGUGAAAUCCUCCUGGAGAGGAAGAGCAUUGGCCAGGAAAUGAAGGUCGCCUUGGAUGCAGUCACAUGUCGCUGGGGAAUCAAGGUGGAGAGAACAGAAAUCAACCACGUGCGGCUGCCAGCUGAACUGCAGCAGUCCCUGGCAGUGGAAGCAGAGGCCCAGAGACAGGCCAAAGUGCGGGUGAUCGCUGCCGAUGGGGAGAAGGCUGCCUCCGAAUCCUUGAAGAUGGCAGCCGAGAUCUUAGCCAGCUCCCCAGCUGCUGUCCAGCUCCGGUACCUGCACAUGCUGCAAUGCCUGUCUGCCGAGAAACCUUCCACUAUCGUCCUUCCUUUUCCCUUUGACCUAAUGAAUCUUGUAUCUGCGGCGAGCCACAACUCCACGGGCAGCAGCCUUCCCACCAGCGCUCCCAAUCACCCUGAGGCUCCAAAGGACAAGAAGGACUCCCCCAUGCUGUAG